AUGGAAUUAGCUCGAAUCAGGACAGAGGAGGAGGAGGAGGAUGAAGAUGCAGCCACACAGUACAUGAUUGAACAGAGUCUGCUGGAGAGUAACAAACAGAAGGAGACCCACAGAGACGACGUGACCCGAGAACACAAGAGGUCAGAGAACAGGACUCUGGAUUUCUAUACCGCUCUGCAUCACUUUGACUCUUCCUCAGAUCCUUUUCUAAGUUUAUGUUGUUGACUGUUACAUCCUCAGACUCUGAUUGAAUGUGUAAAAUAGUACUGAUCUUGUUUCCCCUCACAGCUCUGCUCCAGAGUCUGCAGACAGCAGCAAGAUCUUCACAGCCAUCAGACAAGGUGAGAGCAGAGAAACAAGGAGGAUGUUUUCAUGUAAAUAAGCUUUGAAUAAUGCAAGUCAGACCUUUAGAUGUGAGGAUUUUAAAGGUUUUAUAGUCGUGCAGUUGUCUUAUAAAUCACCAAAGUGAUCAGUAUCCGAGUAUCUGAACAUCUGAUAAAAGUCAGGAAGCGAGAAUGGCUGCAGGUCAUAUUCAGUCAAAUUAUGUCCUUUUUUUUUAACUUGGUGAUAUUUGCAGUGUCAUGUCUGUGCUCUUCAGGCAUCAAACUCAUUUAAUAUUGAAGUUUAUUUUCUGUUUUUGUGUCAGCCAGGUGAAGACGCUGAAAUAUUUACAGAAUUCAAAUCUCACCGUCUAUUUUUCUCUCAGGCAAUGAGAAGCUGCUGAAGGAUCUGUGUGUCUCACAGAAAGACAAGUUCUCACAGACAGACAGCAGAGGAUGGAUGCCUCUACAUGAAGCUGCAGCUCAGAGAAACCAAACCGUCCUGGAGCUCACUUUCAAAGGUCCAUACUGUCUGCAGACUGAGUCUGCGUGCAGCCACAUAAAACCACAUUCAUGAAACAGAGGUGUGCAUAAACAGUGAGGUACCUUUCCCUGCAGCUUCAGGUCCAGACUCAGUGAAGACUCGAACUCUCUCCGGUCAGACUCCUCUCUUCCUGGCUGUAGAAAAAGGUCUGAUAGAAAACGCCUCCUUCCUCAUCCAGCACGGAGCAGGUCCAAACUGCCAGGACCAGGAUGAAGACUCACCGCUGUUUGCAGGUACGCUGAGCGACCUUUCGCCGCCUCAGAGUCACAAGAGAGGGUUUCUAAUUCCUUUGACCUGGUUUCAUGUCACUGUCAUGGGGAUGCUAAAAUAAAUAUGAGGAUGCCAAGGGAUUGCAAUCUCUCUAAAAAAGAUCUUAAACAUCUUAUAAACUUUGAAAUACUCUCUCAUCAAAUGUGUAAACUCUGAGACCCUCUCCCCCCUGCAGCGGUCCGUUCAGAGCGCUCUGACCUGGUGAAGCUGCUGCUCCAGUUGGGCUCCAGGGUGAACCAGGGGGGCUGUCACGGCCGACGCCCGAUCCAUGAGGCCUCUCGUUUGGGGAAAAUAGAGUUGGUGAAGCUGCUGCUGGAGGCUGGAUCAACCGUGGACCCUCGCAGCCACUACGGCCUCACGCCUCUGGCUCUGGCUGCCCAAGGAGGACACCUGGAGGUGGUGCAGACUCUGUUGAAGAGGGGUGAGAGGACUUAUACAGAGCCUUCCUGAGACUCUACCUUUCUCUGGAAGAGAGAUUUUACAGGGCAGACCUCUCACUGGGUUAAACUGUACAGCUGACAAGUUUCCUGCCAAUAACGCCAAAAUGUUGUCCAGAUCUUUGUUUAUGAAGAGCUGUAAAAUAACUGUUUAUUUAGGAAACAAAGAGACAACAGUCCUCUGCAGGUCUGUGAUGACUGACAAAGGUUUGCUGUCUAGUUUUUACACAUGCUGAUUAAAAACGAUAAAUAAAUGAGUAUCCAGUUUUUGAAGUGGGGAGUAAGAUAUGAGACAAAUUCAUCCUCAAAGAAACCUGAAAUGGUGGAGAUGUUUUUACCCUAAUCUCUGAUAUUUGCAUCCAGCUGUAAUAUGAACCUCAGGAACACAAACUCCCUCCCUCUGUCCUUGGUCCCUCAGGGGCAGAUGUCCUGUCUCAGGCCAAUGAUGAGGCCUCCAUCCUGUACGAGGCGUCUGCUUCAGGAGACCCUUCAGUCAUCAGUCUGCUGCUCGAGUACGGAGCUGACGCCAACGAGGCAAAACACACGGGACACAUGCCGAUCCACCGAGUCGCCCACCGAGGACACCUGCAGUAAAGUUCAUGAUCUGAUUUUUUUCACCCUUUCAGAGCCAUUUCCCUUUUUUUAGAGUUCACAAAUCACUGAACUUGACUGUCCUGAUUCCCUUAUUCUCAUAUUAUUUUAGAUGUUUAAAGCUCUAGUGAGGAACUUUAGGUACAUGUUGCUCUUGGUGCCCCUGUGGGCAAAAGCAGCUCCUUUUUUCUUUGAUGAUUUUGUUUUUAAGAGUCAGAUUUAUCAAAAAUCUUUGAAUUGAAAACGAAAAAACAAAAACAAAACAAAAACAAAAAGUGAUAUUGGUUUAAUUACAUUACAUUAUAUUGAAACUAUGAUACACAGUAAGUGUCAACUUUAUCCUUUUAAACUAACUUUCUUUGAAGUUUUCACUUUAUUCACAAAAUUUUUGACUUAACUUAUAAAUUUUGACUUUUUUUAUAACUCAAAGUAAAAUGAGAGAGAAAAAAAAGAAAAAAACUCAAACUGAGACUUUUCCAGAGUCUUAAAAAACAGCCAGACUGCAGGUAACUUUUAUUUGAGUUGAUUUUGAUAACCUCUGCUGUCCUUUAACAUCCUGUUUUAUCUCUCUAAGUGAUUUUUCUGCCUUUAAAAUUAAACAAUCAAACAGAAAUAUUCAGUCUUCUCUGUAAAAUUCUUGUUUGCUAUAUUUUUACAAUAAUGGGAUCCUAAAAAAGUUGACUCUGUAGCUUUGUUCCUGCAGGUAGAGAGGCAGUCGGUGGGUUUAAUGCCUCUGUAGGUUACUUAAAGGUAUCAAUCUUAAUUUAAUCUGACUUUAUAUUCGACUAAAAUCUCUUCACAGGAGCUUUAAACUCUGAAAUCACAUCAGAUUUCAUGAGGUUAACAUUUUGAUUUACUCUGCAGAGUACUGAAACGGUUAAAUUGUAAAUGUACACGUGUUUUUCUCAGAGCUCUGAAGCUGCUGAUUCCUGUCACGUCCAAGUCUGAAGUGUGUGACAGCGGGAUGAGUCCUCUCCACUCUGCUGCUGCAGGAGGACACACAGACUGUCUCAAGGUGUGUGUCAGUGUGUGUUAUGAACAAACGGCAUCCAUUCAGCAGACACUGGACCUACAUGCAGCUUUAAGAGUUUUUUUUAGUCCAGUAUUUCACAUUGAAUAGUUGAGCCAGCUAUGAUGUAGCAAAGCGAUGUUAUUCUUUAGCAACUACUUUUACUGUUUUUGUCUUUUUCACAAACUUCUCUCAGAUGUACUCUUAAUAUUUCAGAAUAACACAGCUCGUCUCUGCAGAAAGAACAACAGCUUCAUAAGCAGAAAACAUAAAUACAACAUAUUCAACUUCCUGAAUAUGAGCCUUACAUUUACAACCUUUGGGAUAACUCACACAGAUUUGUCAUCUCUACUCCCAUCAGGUCUUACUGGAUGCAGGUUACGACCCCAACUACAUGCUCCACCCCUGGGUUCGCCGUAGCUAUGAUGACGAGAGGAAGUCAGCACUCUUCUUCGCUGUCUCCAAUAACGACAUACCAUCAACAAAACUGCUGCUGGAGAACGGAGCGAUGGCCAACCAAGACCCAAUCAAAUGUCUGCAGGUAAAGAAGUUUCUCAUUGGUCAAAGUCGGCCUCAAGAAUUCCACCAGAAUCAGAGUCAGGUUGAAAGUAGGUUCACACAGAGGAGGAGUUUGUCUCAGUGUUUUUGUCCUUUAAUUUGGAUUCAGUGGUUCCAUCAUCCAGAAACGCAUUAACUGUCAGGUUUGCACACAGUAAUCAGUCUGUGAUUUUAAUGAGGGGGAUGCAAACAGAUCCUGAAGCUCAAUAAACUGAAAAACCUACUCAGAUGUUUGUCAGAGAAGAAGCAGCACCUGUUAUAAGUUUGUCAGUUGAUCAUCUAAGUGCCUGUUAUUGAUCCAAUGUUUGUGUAUUUCAGGUUGCUCUGCGUAUGGGCAACUAUGACUUGAUCAACCUGCUGCUGAGGUUUGGAGCCAACGUCAACUAUUACUGCAAAGUAAACACAACACACUUCCCCUCCGCCCUGCAGUACGCCCUCAAAGACGAGGUCAACCAUCGCUCAUCUUUAAACGAGUGAACGUCGAUCUUUCCAGGACAAGCAGCUCGAACUUCACUGUGUGUGUGUGUGUGUGUGUGUGUGUGUGUGUGUGUGUGUGUUUCAGGUGGUGCUCAGGAUGCUGUGUAACUUUGGCUAUGAUGUCAAACGAUGCUUCGACUGUCCCUAUGGCAACAACUCCCACAUCCCCGAUGACUACGAGGGCUGGAGCUGCAGUGUGAUCAAAGACACUCUGGUGAUAUACAGCUGUCAAUCAAAAGCUUUAAGUUAGUUUGUGGUCCACAGUAGGACACUUUGACAGUGGACACUCAGGCCACAAGUGGACAGGUGGAAUGUCUGACCCUGUACUUAGUCGUUUAGUAACUUUGGUGUGAUUGAAAACUCAAAAAAAAAAAGAUAUGCUCACUGGGUCUCCUGCUGUUGCCUGGAUUGCAGGACAGGUCAAACACACUGUAACACUGAAUUAGACACCCCCUCAAGGGAUGAAUGUUGCCGACGGCUUGUCUACUUAUACCAACUUUAGUAACGACUGUACCAUAGCAAUAGACAGUGGUCUAUGUCUCCACGCGCAAACCUCAACCAUAAAGCCACAAAUAAUGCUCAGAACAGCACCUAACUUUAUCAACAGUACAUAUAAGGUCCCAGCCAAAGUAUAAACCAUCGAACAUCUUUUUAGCUUUGCCUGAUUUCUUUAGCAAAGAGACUAAACACAACUCACCUACUCUCCUCCAGCAGCCGCUUGUUUGUGGGGGAGCCCUAAUGAAUCGAUCACAGAGUGCAGCAGAGUUUCGCAGCUCAUUAAGAACGUUAGUGAUUUUUACUUCAUGGAAAUGCAAUCAGACCGAGACACUAAGGCAGAAGAACCACUAUUAUUAUGAUGAUUAUUACAUCAAGGAAAUGAUCUACUGCACUCUGUGAUCGACUUGUCAGCGGUCGGCUGCACUCAUCCCUCAAGGGGUUGUCUAACUCGGUGUUACUGUGUGUUUGACCAUAACUUAAUUUUACGCUGGAGUAUCCCUUUAAAUCAGCUUUCAUGCUGUAACUAAUUCAAUGGGUCAACAGGUAGAGGUGAAAUGUGCCAGGACUUGACAUGAAUUUCCAUUGUCUAAAUUAUCUGGUCUUUUCAAAAAUGGUGUCGAUGAUGGGAAUUCAUGAAACCUGUAUCAGUAUUUUAAAUGAAGCUCUGUCUAUUUGAAGACGCUUUUAUUUUGAAGGGAUUUUAGUUGCUGUCGUUGUCUCUACAGAAGCUUUAUUCCUUUUAUUUUGAUACUGUGUAUAAUCUUGUAAUGUGUGUGUGUGUGUGUGUCAGUGCAGUUCUGCGAGGUCAUCACCGUCUCGUGGCUCAAACACCUCUCAGGUGAGAUCGUCCUCGUCAUGAUGGACUACGUGGAUCACGUGACUCUGUGCUCCAAACUGAAGGCGGCGUUGAUGGAGCAGCGGCAGUGGCCCGACAUCUGCAGGCAGCAAGGUAAAUUCAGAAUAACUUUAUUGACCCUGCUGCUGUAACGGACAGAUUCCAGAGUCUUCCUCAUCCUCCUCUUCCUCCUCAGAGAGCGUCCGCUGUCUGCAGCAUCUCUGUCGGCUGAGGAUCCGACAGUGUCUCGGUCGCCUUCGUCUCCGCUCACCUGUCUUCAUGAGCUUCCUGCCGUUGCCAGGACGACUGAAGGACUACAUCCAAUACAGAGAGUACGACCUGUACGGUCAGCAGAGCGGCACGCCGGGAUGA